GGCGAGGGGGCGGGAACUGGGGAGGAGGCCGAGCUGGCUCCGCCACGGGGGCGUCUCUCGGCCAGGCCUUGUCCCCGCCCGGCCCCUACCCUCGAGGGGAGGGGCAAAAGCCUGGGGAUAGAGGAGAAGCUUGGGAUCUCGGUCUGUGGUAACUCCGCCAUUUUGCAGAAAUGUAUUUCUCAUCUAAGAUCAAGACACGUACAGAUCUGGUGUUUUGUGAGCAUUCCCUUUCUUUACAUGUUGUGUCAUCACAGGGUAGAAGGGGCCACUUUGAUGUGAAUACUGAUCUCAUUCACAAGGGCUGCAAUCUCAAGAUCUACUCAUCUCUCAAGGCCUCAUCUCUGAACAUUAUCACUUUGGGUGCGUUUGAGGAACAGUGGAUAUGAGCUACACAAAUCUCAGCAUUUAUAGUGGCUCCUGUCACACAGCAGAAGCUAAUUAGGUAGCCGCCCAACGAAAAGAAUCACGUAUUUCCGGAAGUAUCAAGAGUCAGAAUUAAAUGGGCGAGUUUUGAGCCUCGUAGGGUCCCGUAGCACCCGCCAUUUCCGCCUACCAAUAGGUGACGGAGAGAAAGAGAAGCCCCGCCUCUCACUCGGCUGCAGCCCGCGAGGACUUCUGAAGCGGUUGCGGCUGUUUCGUAUUUCCGAGGCGUCGGCGCUCGUUGUGUGCGUCAUUUCCGGGCGGCGGGGCGGAACGGAGUGGCCAACGGCCUGCAGAGCAACAUGCCCAAGUUUUACUGUGACUACUGCGAUACGUACCUCACCCAUGAUUCCCCAUCUGUGAGAAAGACGCACUGCAGUGGUAGGAAGCACAAAGAGAAUGUGAAAGACUACUAUCAGAAAUGGAUGGAAGAGCAGGCUCAGAGCCUGAUCGACAAAACAACGGCUGCAUUUCAACAAGGAAAGAUACCGCCUACUCCAUUCUCUGCUCCUCCUCCUGCAGGAGCGAUGAUCCCACCUCCCCCCAGUCUCCCGGGUCCUCCUCGCCCUGGUAUGAUGCCUGCACCCCAUAUGGGAGGCCCUCCCAUGAUGCCAAUGAUGGGCCCUCCUCCUCCUGGGAUGAUGCCAGUGGGACCUGGUUCUCAGCAUGGGCCUCCUGCUCACCUUUCCUACAACUCCGAACAAACGCUUAGUGCUCCUGGAAUGAGGCCACCCAUGGGAGGCCAUAUGCCAAUGAUGCCGGGGCCCCCAAUGAUGAGACCUCCUGCCCGUCCCAUGAUGGUGCCCACUCGUCCAGGAAUGACUCGGCCGGACAGAUAAGGAGAGAGGGGAGGCCUCUUCCUAGCAGUUCUGUAUCGCUUGUUCUGCUUCACCAGGAGAUCAUGGUGCUGUGACUCUGGGUGUUUUCUAACAGCAUGACAAAGAAGACUUGCUCCCCCUUCUUAUCAAAGAAAGAAUAGUUUUGGGGGGAAAUAGGAUUUCAAAAAGUGCAGUUUUCAUUUGUAUUGUGAAAUGUGAAAAUAAAAUUGUCAACUCUUUUAGUUAAAAAAGGUGUUUCUUUUUUCUUCCCCUUUGUAUUCUUUCUGUAUUAUAUAGAGAUGAAACCUUCCAGUUGUGUUUCUCCAACUCAUUCCAUUUUCAGCUUGUCUCUGUGUGAGAUUCUUUGCUCUUAGAUUGAAUCCCUUUGGACACCUACCUUUAUUUAGUAAGGUUCUCCUGUGUAGGACUUAGGUAAAUCUAACAGUCGUAGAGCUUUUGUGGGUAAAAAUAAUAAACAGCACAGUAAUUUCUCACAUGAAUAAUGCUGUGUAAUAAGUUGAACACUUUAAGACUUUUAUGUUGAAGUAAGGGAAAAAUAUGUUGUGUACGUGUCAGCUAAGAAUGGCAAGAAUUGCUUUAAUAUCAGCUUCUUUCUCUUCUCCUUUUUGGCUUCACAUAGUCUGAAAACCUCUGAAGAAAUAGUGAAAUUACUCUCAAUUUCCUUGGUAUGAAAGUCAUUAGAAUGCUAUUUGUUUCAGCAGCAGGCUGUGAAAGUGUGGUAUUUUCAGGGAAUCAUCUAGAAGUAAGCCUUUGUCCCUAUUCAUAUUUAGUGCAGUAUAAAACUUAAUCUUUUGACAUUGUAAGUAGGAUUGAAAAUUGUUAUACCAUCUGGGAACAGAAAUUUGGCAACAUCUAUCAGAAAUACAUUAUCUGUAUCCUAGGGCCUAGCAUUUUCAUGUCCAAGAUUUUUUUUAAGAGCCAUUUAUUUGUUUACUUAUCUGAAAGGCAGAGUAACAGAGAGAGGGGAAGAGACAGAUUUUCUGUUUUCUAUUUCUUUCCCCAAAUGCCUACAACAACCAGGGCUGUAUUGAAAUCAGAAACUCCAUUCAGAUCUCUCACCUGAGUGGCAGGUGCCCAAAGGACCUGGGCCAUCUGCUGCCUUCUUGGGCACAUUAGCAGGAAGCCAGAAGGAAGCAGAACAGUUGAGAUUCAAACCAGCACUCUGAUAUAAGGCAUGCUGGCGUUGUAAGCAGUGACUUAAUCCUCCGUGCCACAGUGCUACCUCUAGGAAUUUUCCUUACAGAUAGACUUGCUUGUGUGUGAAGUGUUAUAUAUAAAUUUAUGCAUUGCUGCAAAAAUUGGAAGUAACAUCUGCAAGCAUGAGGCAUUUAGAAAGUUGCCUAGGGGGCCGGCGCUGUGGCGUAGCAGGUAAGGCCACUGUUUGCAGUGCCGGCAUCCCAUGUGGGUGCUGGUUCGAGUCCUGGCUGCUCCACUUCGGAUCCAGCUCUCUGCUAUGCCCUGAGAAAACGGUAGAAGAUGGCCCAAAUCCUUGGGCCCCUGCACCUGCGUGAGAGACCUGGAAGAUGCUUCUGGCUCCUGGCUUCGGAUCAGACCAGUUCUGGUCAUUGCGGCCAUCUCGGGAGUGAUCCAGCAGAUGGAAGGCCUAUCUUCCCCUGCCUCUCUGUAACUCUGCCUUUCAGAUAAAAUAAAUAUUAAAAAAAAAAAAAAAAAAAA